AUUUCUACAGCUAGCCCGAGGCUUUCAUCUUUCCGACCGAUAGUGCCUCCUGUGGCGGCUGUAUAUACAUGUUUCCCCGUUUUUGUAUAGAUACAGUUCAGAUUCAAUCCGAUACUCAUCCGUCCUACUACUCCUCAAUGCAGAGGCAAUUCCAGCCCUUUUACCAUUAAUCUCCGAUGGCGCGUCCAGACAGGCGCGUCAGUUUAGCGGUAGCUAGGAUCAUACCUCUGGUGCUACUCUGUACUCUCAUUUAUGCCUCCUACGCUGUUACAAAGCCACUAUGCAUCGACUACCUCAUUGCCCCUCUACCGAAGUAUAAUCGCAGUUCUAGAGUUGGCGCUGGAAUCGCCAUAAUUGUUGUAUAUUAUGUUUUACUCACACUGGUGGUUAUUACAUAUCUUCGGCUGCUGUACAAUGUCAUUUGGAACCCGGGCUUCCUACCACGAGGCUCUUCAUAUCUUCCUGAUCAGCAGGAUGCCGAAGCGCCGAACCCCCAUCGCCGAGACAGUAAACGAAGGAGGAAAAGCCAUCGAAAGCGGGCAACAGCUGAGAAAGCCGACACAUCGGAUGAGGUAGACCUCGAAAGGGGCGUCGGCCACAACGCUGAAGGGAAAGCGUUCCCCCUGAAUGCAGAAGGGUUAGAAAACUUUUAUACGAAAGAUGUCUUUAUCUGCCAGCCAGAUGGAAGGCCUAUAUAUUGUUCCACUUGUUGUCAGUACAAGACAGACAGAGCACACCAUUGCCGAGAAGUAGACCGGUGUGUUCGUAAGAUGGACCACUUCUGUCCUUGGGUAGGGGGCGUGGUCUCGGAAACCUCAUUUAAAUUCUUCAUUCAGUUUGUGUUUUACACAUUCAUCUUUUGCACAUUUGCCCUUAUUGUUUGUGCGAUCUUCACAGCUGAACUCCGACGAGAGAUGGGCGAUAUCAAUCCUCACUGGGCUGUUAGUAUUGGAUUGAGUUGCCUUUUCGGAAUCUUCUCACUUGGAAUGACACUUAGCUCGGUACAACUUGCGAUGUAUAAUCUGACGACGAUCGAGAAUCUGAAUCGUCGGUCGGCAGUCUGGACCUUGGCUAUACGUGUGCCCAAGCAUAUGCUUUCCAAGCUGGACCCUGAGUCCCGAUGGGCCCCGACAUUUCGUACAAUAACUUAUCCUUUACCGCCGAUGCCUCCACGUACUGAGGCUACAGCAGAGCAUCAACAAUACCCACCCACAGGGGAACAGCAUGUGUUUGCGGUUCUUCAGACACUCCCAGGCGAAAACCCUUUUGACCUGGGUACUUCUUUCAAAAACCUCCAACAGGUUUUGGGGUAUUCUAUACUUGACUGGUUGCUUCCUCUCAAGCAAAGCCCAUGUGCGGACCACAGUAGUCUGGAGAGCGCUUUUGCGCUCGGGCCCGUGGUACAUAGACUAAAGGCUGAGGCUGGACUUGAGCAUCCCGUCGUUGCAGAUGGCAAGCCUACAGAUAGGUCAUCGAAGCGUAAACGGAGACGAAGCAGAGCUGAGCAACACAGUUGAGAUAGAUUUUGGCUAAUAAUACUGGGAACAUUGCGACGGUAUAUACCCAUCAUCAUUAUCAUUAUCAUCAUUAUGCGGAGUUUUGGUCAUUCUGGAAAAUGCUGCAUCCUCGUUCAAGCCCUUCACGAUUUUGCUUUUUCUUUUUUCUUCUUUCGUCUUUUUGGAAACUUUGACAACGGAGCAUUGGCAUACUUGGACACGCAAACCUAUCACUCAGAGCACACAUAUGUACAUACUAAUAAGAGCGAAGAUUAUCAUUCAUUCUAGGCCUACCGUGAAAA